AUGCUGUGCACGGACCAGCUGCGCACAGACCAGUCUUUACAUACAUCGCCACCCCUAGAGGAACGAACUCUUCAACACCUGCACUUCAGUGGGCGGUGUUUGUCCUCACGGACGCGUGGUCUAGGUUCCUGCUGCAUAAUAGUCAAAAGCAGUAUUGGGCCCUACGUGAACUGCGAACCUCAGGGUCUUCUCGGGCGUCGUAGCUACGCGCACCUUCCCGUCCUCCCCCCAUCCAUCGUGGCUACCUGCCAAGGCCAGAUCCAUGCAUUUGACUCUCAAGAUCUCAUCGACGUCUACAUCCCAGACGUCCCUGAGACUGUCAUCUACCGUUACCCUGUGCCAGAGCCUGAGCCUGAGGAGGGUACGGGUGAAGAAGGAGUCUCGGAGUCCGAGUCCGAGGAUUCUGUUGGGUCCGCCUCGCUGACAGCGCUCGCCUCCGCGUCAGCAGUCCCUGACCCGCCUCUGCCCCCGCAGCGUCCUCCGUCCCCCCCAACGCUGAUAAUGUCCUCUCCUGCAGCCGCCCCCGAUAAGGAGACUUUGAAACUCCUCCUCCCGCUCCGCUAUGAUGGCAAGACCGUCAUCAAAUGCAACCGGUUCCUGUCGCAGCUGCGCAUCUACUGGCUGGUCAACACGUCGUUGACCACCAUCGAACUCAAGGUGCAGGUCGCACUUAGCCUGCUCGAUGGAGACGCCCGCGCCUGGGCCACUCCCUACUUUGCCCAGCUCGCGUUGGUGCAAGUAGGAGUACAAGGGGUCACAACCCCAUUCGCGAACGAAGCGGCCUUUGCCGCCGCCUUCAGGGCCCGCUUCGGAAAUCUCGACGACGAGGCGGCAGCACAAGUAGAGCUGGCGAAGCUCUGCGCGGACAAGUUGGUCCGCAAGAAACGCACCGCUGCGGAGUUCUCCGCGCUGUUCAAGGGUCCGGCGGACCGCUCUGGGUAUGGGGACCUGGAGCUACGCGACAAGUACCUGAGCGGCAUCCCCUCCCGCGUUGAUAUGACCUACGAAACCCUAACCCCUAACCUGGGCUUCGAACGCCACGUGGCCGGCGCUAAACGCUGGUCGGAAAGGAGUUAUAAGCAGGGUAGACUUAGCCUCAUUUUCCCCAUCCCAUUGUUCCUUCGUCGCUACCUCAUCGCCCUCUCUCCCAUACCCGCUGCUUCCACGAUGUCUGCUCGCUCCGCCACCCCUGCCUCGACGCCUUCGCUCGUCAACCGCCGCCUCGCCUCGCUGCUCGCAGUCCUCGAGGCUCCGCCGACCGCCGACGCCAUGCUCAACGUGGUCGAAGAGUGGGCGCAAGACUUGUCGCCGCUCGUCCUCGCCUAUCGCAAGGCCCUGGGCGCCAUCCGCAACGAGGAGACGGAGUUGCGCGUCGCCGCCGCCGUCAAACAGCUUGCCGAGCGGGCGUCGGAGUCGUGGGUCGAGUGGGCGCGCGGGGACUGGCCCGAGCUUGCGACUGCCAUCGAUGCCGAGAAGUGCCUCGCCAAAGAGGAAGCACGAUGCGUCGAAGAGGCCACGAAGCAUGUGAAGGCUGCCGAGGAACGUUGCCUCGAAGACAAACGGCGUCAAAAGAACGAAGAGGACCGCCUCAGGCAGGCCGAAGACGAGCAUCGCGCGCAAGAGGCCGCCGAUGAGGAGUUGGCGUGGAUCGCGGCCGCCGAGGGACUUCUCCCUGACCCCACGCCUGCCGGUGUCGACAAGGGGAAAGGGCGCGCGAGGGUCGAUGAGGAGGUCACUGAGUUGUCGGAUGACCCUUCGGUCAAGACUCCGCAUACGGUCGAACGCCCGUUCGCAAUGACGGAGGCCGACAUGGCCGCCGCGGCGAUUGAGAAGCGUCAGGCCGGACAAAAGUGCGAUCGUUGCGCCGGCUACCGCUCGGCCCCGGUCGAUUGCGUGUGGGUUGAGAACGCUAUGACCUGCGAGAGGUGCGCGCAGUUCCAGCAGGGAUGCUACUUCGACAAAGUGUCUGUGCUUGGGAAGACCAAGAAAACACGCGGCGGGGGAUCUACCACAAAGAAGCGCAUUCGGCCGACCUCUCCUGGGCCUUCGGUCGCGGAUGCGAGUGGUUCGAAGAAGCGCCAAGUCGACGAGCCUCUGCGCCCACUGCUUCGACUGCCUCUCGAUGGGGCCGGCCGCCUGGGCCUGGAGCAGGACGACCUCGACGCACUCGACCUCGACGAUGAGUCUCGGGGCAUCAUUCGCGUCAUCCACGAGGAGCGUGCUCACAUCGCGCGCCGUCGAGCGCUCCUCCAUGACAUGGACCUCGACCUUCAAAAGAUGGAGAAGGCCGCGCUCACGAAGGGAGGAAUCGGUUUCGUGCGCGGGGCUGUCGACGAUGAGUAG